AUGACUCAGAUCAUACGAUAUGUUAAGGUAACACAAAAUGAAAAGUGUUCAAUUGAAGAAAGGUUUGUCGAUUUUAUAGAAACCAAACAAAAAACGGGUGAAGGACUGGCACAAGAUAUUUUAAACAAAUUGCAGGCUGAUAACUUAGAUAUCCAGAAUUGUAGAGCUCAGUGUUACGAUAAUGGUGCGAACAUGGCGGGGAAAUACAAAGGAGUGCAGGCUCGCAUUAUCGAAGUCAACAAAUUAGCUUAUUUUAUACCAUGUUCAUCACAUUCAUUAAAUCUAGUUGGAGUUCACGCUGCUAGCGUAUCACCAGAAAUGAUGACAUUUUUUGGUAUUGUCCAAAGUUUAUUUGUCUUUUUCUCAUCUUCUCCUGACAGAUGGGACAUUCUUAUGUCACAUGUAACGGUUUCUUUGAAGAAACAUUGUGAUAGUCGAUGGUCAUUGAAAAAGCAAGCUAUUUCUGCAGUGUACAAAGAGUUGCCAAAUAUUUUUAAAGCUUUGGAAGACCUUACGCAAUUUAGAAAAAAUGAGGAAACAUACUCAGGAGCAAAAAACUUUUUAAAACAGAUAAAAAAUUUUCACUUUAUCUGCAGUUUGGUAGUGUGGAAUAACAUCUUGGAGCAAAUUGAUAAUGUAAAUGUUCUUCUACAGAAAAAAACUAUUACAGUUUCGAUCGCUAGCAAACUUAUUGAAAGUCUGAAAAAUAUUAUAAACACAAUAAGAAAUGAGAAGUUUCCAAACUUUCUACAGGAAAGUAUAGAUUUGGCCAAGUCAUUAGAUAUAGAUCCUGUAUUUAAGGAGAGUCGGAAAAGAAAAACAAAAAAACAAUUUGAUUAUGAAGCUUCUGAUGAAAGUGCCAAUUUGAAUGAAAAAUUUCGUGUUGCUUACUUGGAAGCUAUUGAUACAAUAAUCGAGCAACUUAACUAG